GGGCCCGACAGGUUCAGUGUCUCUUGUGUAAGUGUAAGCUUGAUAUGUAAAAAGGAAUUUUACUUGGAGUUUACCUAUUUAUUUAAUUAAAUAAAGAAUAAAAUUAAAAUAAAUGUCAAAAUAAAAUAUCACGGAAUAUAAUCGGAAACAGUUUAUACAGUGAGAGUUUCUGCUUAGUUUUAAAAUGUGAAUUUAAUUUUAGUUCAAAAAUGAACCCAGUGAAAAUAUGUGUGUGUGUAUUUUCCCUUUUGCUGGGAGCGGGUGUCAAUAGCACACAAUGGCUGCAGGACACAAGCGACGAGUGGAUCCACAUCCGUACGCGCCUUUUGUACCCGUCAAGUUUUGCGAACGUCCGAGUCAACGUGCACGGGGAGCGGGAGCUCCGCAUCUCGCACGAGAAGGUGCUUGUUCUCGAGACGUUUCUGCCGAGCGGUUACUCGCCAAAAUUUGACAUGGCCUUCCGGCAGGUGACGGACGGACGCCGGAUUUUGCAGGCCGUUUUUCAGGGAGAUAUACUUAAAGAGUGUGAUUUUACCUCAGAUUCAAAUAUCUUGCUAGAUUUUGUAUCAAACUUUGUAACUUUGGCACCGGAGUCUAGCGAUUUUGGAGAUGUCUUCUCCGCGGCAUCGUUAACAAAUAUCACAGCAACGAAUGCAUCACUAGCGUAUAUGUCGUUUAAUAGUCUAUUGCAAUUGAAGGAACUAGCCGAUCUGACAGAUAUAAGAUCCCUUCGACGAAAAUGUCGCAGGUUUUUAAAACUUGCCUCUGCAACUGCAAAAAAAGAAGCAAAAUAUGGGAAAUUUACAGAUAUUUACGAUGAAGUUCUCCAAAUAAUUGACCCUGAAACUUUGAAAAAUAACGACACACUUGAUACACAGCUAGACGAAUCUGAAAACUCAGAAACGGUAAAUGGCUCGUCUUAUAGUGAAACAUUUUCCCGAGAGCAUAAUAUAAAGAGGCGGUCGACGGCACCGCUAGAACUCAAACACCGUUCCAAGCGGGGCACGUUCGAUAUGAGCAGCGUGCUAAUUUUCCCGGGUACAAAAUGGUGCGGGAAGGGCGACCUGGCCAGCUGCUAUGAUGACCUGGGUCCGGACAUGGAGUUGGAUAUGUGCUGCAGGGACCACGACUGUUGCCCCUACGUGAUCCCGCCCUUUACCUCCAGGUUCAACCUCUUCAACUACCGCUUCCACUCCCUGCUCCACUGCGACUGUGAUCAGAGGUUCCGAGGCUGUCUGCGGAGUUCCGUGUCCACGAUGGCCAGCAUAAUAGGCAAGAUUUACUUCAACAUCCUUGGAAGCAAGUGUUUCCGGCUCAUGGAGGCGAAAGUGUGUAUGGAACGCUCCUGGUGGGGUCGCUGCCAGCGAUACGAGAACCAAACGACCGCGGCUGUCGUAAACCAGGUCUCCUUUCUUGAGGACGACAGGCGCGCCGAAGCAGACAGCCAUAACUCCAGCACGUGAACAUCACAGAUGAUGGUUUAAUUUCUUAGUUCUUUCAGAUAUUUUUUUUUACUUUGUGACUAUUGCGAAUUCCUUGGUUAUUGAUUAAUCGGUUACUGGUGGACUGAGUUCUUUACGCAAUAUUUCAUUGGUCAUUUCACAUUUUGCAAUAAUCUUUGGGAUGAGGUCUGUUACAGCCAUUUUACUUUAAGCGUCCUUUUAAGAGGGAAAGUUGGUAAAAGAAUAUCUUAACCACCGGUAUAUAUAAAAAUGAUAGUUAUGUUGGUAUUGCGCAAGGCCUGUACCCCAAAAUUAUGUUAGGGCAUAUUAUUUAAUAGAAAAGUUUCCAGCCUAUUGUUUAUGUUUAAUGAUAACCAGUAUACCAGUAGGUACUUGUAUUGAUGUCGGGUAAGGCAUCUGAAGAUUUCGUCAACCAUCCUGUGCUUUGACGUGAAUAUUUCAUAAGACAGCUUUUUCAAAGGAAAGUAUAGUAACAAUCGUGUCUGUUAAGAGUAUUAGAUCAAAUGUGAGUAUAAUGCUCCAAUAUUGAAGUAAUGAGCCGGUUAUAACAUUUGCCUUCUGUACAUACUCAUUGUCAAACAAUUGUAGUAUAUGUUUUGCUGAAUGUGUUUUUCUUACAAUACGCCCUAGUUAAAUUUCAUUAAAUAGAACUUCGGUUCAUUUUGCAUGUAUAUACGUUAUAAUGGAAAGGUGAUGAAAAUUUCUUGGAAAAGAACUGCAAUCUAUCGAGAACAAAAAGUAUGCUGAACAGUGAAAAUCAGUUAAUUUGAUCUUGGAAAUGAACAUUAAAUUUAUAUAGAACUUACUUUUUAUAAAUGUUUCAAUAACACACAAUUGUACAAUUAAUUUAAUCGAUUGAUUAUAACGCGAUUAUAUUAAGACGCUUUAAAGUCAUUGUUAAGUGUUCAUUCGCCUUUGCAUUUUUGUUUUAACACCUGCCCUGCGAGUUGGUGAUGUUUAUCACUGUAAAGCAAUAAUUGAAAUAAACGUUUUGUUCGAUCAAACUAUUAAUUAAUGUUAAUUGAAAUAUUGUUUGGAACUUUUCAUUAUUUCUAUUUUCCAUUAAGUUCAAACAAAGAUAAUUUCUAAAUCCUUUUCACCAGUAUUAAAGUAAAACAUGAACAAUUGAAACGACUUCAGAUAUACGUUAUAAGUUAUUAUUCAUCACUAUUUAUUUCUAUAAAACUUCAUUUAGAAAAUUGCCAUGUAACGUUAAUCAUUCUUGUUAUUUAUUGCUGUGGAAGCACGGUCAGUGUAGCUGUUCUUUUGAUGAGCCUUUCAUUAACGGGUAAAACAUGUGUUUGUAGUUUUUGUAAAUUUUAAAUCGUUAAAAUAAAUUAUA